AUGUAACAAUAUAAAGUUAUUAACGAAUAGCCAAUUCCAGAACAUGUAAAAAUUGCAUAUCUCAUAUUUCCUAGCUAUUUUUUUGGAAAUAUUCAGAUUAUAAAGCAAGAUCUCUAACUCCUACCAGAUCUAAGUCUCCUUUAAGAAAGUAAAAAUCACAAGUAAAAUCAACAUUGCAAAGAUUAGAAGAAGAAGAAUGGGCUGAAUGUACAUUUAAACCAUUCAUCUUCUCGAAAAGAUGUUUUUAAUAUAAUGAAGGGGAUUUCUUACAGAGAUGUCAAUAGUAUGAAGAAUAGAAGUAAGUAAAAUUGCAAAAGUUGCGUAUGUCUGAUGUGGAAAAUGAAUUGAAAGAGUGUACUUUUCAACCCAAAAUAAGUUAAUAUGUCAAAAAUGCUAAUACCAUUAAUUUGAAUGAAACUAAUAAGAAAUAAGUUUUUGACAAUCUUUAAGGAUAACCAAAAUAAACUUAUGCAAAAUAAAUGUACAAGUAUUCAGAUGCUUUAAAUUUAUUGCAUAAAGAAUUACAUGGAUGA